AUGCAGCUUGGCUGGUUCACGGCUGCAGCCGUCGUCUUGCUCAGCCCGGCACAUGUGUUGGCUGACAACAUCCUCAAGACCAACGGCUAUUCUCUCUGCUCGACAAACGCGACCGUCACGGUAAACAACUUCAACGUCGAAUAUGACCAGAGCAGCAAUAAUGUGGUGUUCGAUGUCGCUGGUUCGAGUGACAAGGUACAGAACGUCACUGUCGCACUAGUUGUGUAUGCCUACGGGAAGCAAGUCUAUGAAAAAGAUUUCAAUCCGUGUGAUCCAGCUUCUUCAGUUCCAGAGCUUUGUCCUCUGCCAGCGCGUUCCUUCUCUGCCAGCGGUAAUAUGACGAUUCCUCAAGAAUACGCCAGCAUGAUCCCGUCAAUAGCGUUCAACGUUCCAGAUCUAGAAGGACAGGCAAGAUUGGAGCUCAAGGCUGCUGAUACUAAUGAGGAGGUGGCCUGUAUCGAGUCAGAGGUGACCAACGGCAAGACCCUCCAGAUUCCUGCUGUCUCCUACGUUGCCGUCGGCAUUGCUGCUGCUUCUCUGGCUCUAAGUGGACUUACAGCGUUGGGCGCCGCCGGUCACCCCGGCGCGGCCACAUCUAGUCCCAGCUUUGGUGAGGUUAUGGGCUGGUUCCAGACCCUCGCAACAAGCGGCAUGCUCAGCGUCCAAUAUCCUACUGUCUAUCGUACUUUUACUUCCAAUUUUGCUUUUUCUGCAGGUCUUAUUCCUUGGGACGACAUGCAGACCUCCAUCGACAGCUUCCGAAACAUGACCGGCGGCAACCUCACCGAAAACAACUACCAAUAUCUCAGAAAUGCCACUCUUACUUUUGACGAUGGUUCGUCCAAUUCAAGCCUCACAAGGCGCGUCUUUACCGAUCUCCUAGGGCGAACUGCAUUAUUUGUUAGAGAUGUCACGACUUCGGACAACGUUACAUCCACAAGCAAUUCAACUGCCUCUGGCGGCAUCGUUGCUGAACUCAAGGGUAUACAAGCUUGGUCUGAGCAGCUCUACAUUCCAUCGUCAAACAUCUUUAUGACUGUGCUGUUAUUCUUUGCCAUUGUGAUUGCUGCCAUUGCUGUGGGCAUCUUGCUUGUCAAAGUCAUUCUGGAGACAUGGGCUUUGUAUGGCUCAUUCCCACAGAGUCUGGUUGAAUUCCGAAAGCAUUAUUGGGGACUCCUCGGUCGAACAAUCACCAACUUGGUUCUUAUCGUCUACGGUAUCUGGGUUCUUUAUUGCGUCUACCAAUUCACCCGUGGCGAUUCUUGGGCUGCGAAGUUACUGGCUGCUCUAACUUUGGCCGCGUUCACAGCCCUUCUAGCUGGAUUUUCUAUUCGCAUUUGGAUCCUUGCCCGUCGGUACAAGAAAGCUCAAGGCGACAACUCUGUCAUGUACGAAGACAAGGAAAUCUGGAGACGCUACAGCCUGUUCUAUGACAGCUACAAGCGAUCAUACUGGUGGAUCUUCAUCCCCGCUAUCGUCUAUUCGUUUGUCAAGGGAUGCAUCAUUGCUGGCGGUAACGGUCAUGGGCUUGUCCAAUCCGGUGGCCAGUUAAUCGUCGAGGCUCUGAUGUUGAUUCUCUUGCUCUGGAGCCGACCGUAUGUGGCCAAGUCGAGCCAAUGGAUCAACAUCACCAUCCAGACAGUGCGAGUUCUUUCGGUGGUAUGCAUUUUGGUUUUCGUAGAGGAACUCGGCAUUGCACAGACGACAAAAACCAUUACUGGCAUCGUCCUCAUUGCUGUACAAUCGACUCUCACGGUUAUUCUGGCAAUUCUCAUUGCUGUCAAUGCUUUGAUUGCCUGUAUCAGGAAAAAUCCUCACAUCAGAUUACGUGAACGUAAAGGAGAUGAUGAUAUGGACAACUUGACCGCCCUAGAUGCGCGAAACUCGCUUCUGUUCGACGGUCGAUCCCGAGGUGACACGUAUGAAGAAAACAAGUACAACAUGACCGGUCCAUACGAACCAUAUCGAGACAUGCCCACGAAAGGUGGCCAUAUCCGUGAGAGAAGCACGGAUAAUCUGAUCAGUCAAGACACGUACUACCGUGGCCAUCAACUAGAUCAAGCAACACACUUGCGAAGUCACAGUCGCAGUCCCAGCCCAGAAGAAUUGCAAUUACGUGAACAAAAACCGCGCGAUUUUGGAGUUGCAAUGUGAUUGCAUUUCAAGGAUUUUAUUCAAAAGGAACUUCUUAAACUCUUGCAUUUUGUUUAGCAAGCGUUCUGAAACUUCAUCUACUUGCUUCUAUACAUUUUGAUGUCUUUUGUUUACUUUUGGGAGGGCUGACAUAGUUUUUGUAUUAAUUGCCCCCUUUCUGCUAGGCCAUUCCUUUAGUUUUGAUAUCUUAUACAAAAUUGUAUCAUUUUUCAUAUUGAACAUAUUCCUUAUUAUGUUGGCGGAAUCAUUUCUUUCAAUGUUAAUGAUUAUUAGAGGGGAGUGUGUAAAUAGACUGGUUCAUUAUCAUGUCUACUGCGUUACUACCUUGAUAAUAUACAAUACGGGAGUCAAUCGAAACGCUCAAAGCAUUAUUGAAAUGUCUAUCCCAAAGCCCUCCACAUCUGAAUCUCUAAUGAAGCAUUCAUCAGAUCCUCUGCUGCCUAACCUUCCCCCUCUUCCUCAAAACAUCAUACUCAACCCACGUCACCGGCUCCCGUUUAUAGUCCUCCGGCACAAAUCUCCCCGGAUUAAGAACAUUGCAUCCUUCAUACGACACCGAGAAAGCUGCUACUUCGCUAUCGGCCAGGAUCAGGGCUGUGGGUAAGGGGUAGA